AUGCGAGGACACGAUCCACAAGGACCUGUGCGUUUCCACGGUUUCCACGCUGCCGGAGCUCCGCAAAAGAACGAUCCCGGAGAUAAUUUCCGGGCUGGUCAACUCCACGGUGUUCGAGGUCAGGGACUCGUUCCAGAACUGCAGCCGGAUCAAGAAGAAGUUCCAGAACCUGGACCCGCUGGACCAGCGGGCCCUGGACGACUGCCUCGAGCUCCUGGAAGACACCAGGCUUCAGCUCCGGGCCGCCGUGUCGGACCUCUCAUCCAACAAGACCGCGGCCCAGCAUUACAUGGACUUGCAGACCCUCUUCAGCGGCGCGAUGACGAACCAGUACACCUGUCUCGACGGCUUCGCCUUCUCCGAGAAGAAGUACCUCCGGAAGUUCAUCGAAGGAAGGCUCCGGAAGAUUUCCCGCCACGUCAGCAAUUCCCUGGCAAUGCUGAAGAAAUUCAAGCCGCCGAAACCCAUCAAGAAACCCGGCUCCGCCGCAGAGGAGGACGGCGUCCUUCCGUGGGGGUCCGGCGGAGCGACGGUGAAAGACGGGUUUCCGACUUGGUUGAAAAGGAGAGACAGGCGGUUGUUACAGGCGCCGGUGAACCAGAUCCAGUUCAACGUGACGGUGGCUCAAGACAGAAGCGGAAAUUUCACUACCAUUAA